GUGCAGGUAGAGGAGGAAUUCAGAGUCAGAGUGGUGUGUCUUGAGAGGACCAUGUCCUCACUUCAAAUUCCAAAAACCAAGCAGGAGCUGGUCUUAGGGCAAAGGACAGACUGCAGAUGGUGCACUCAUGCUGGGUCCAACCCAGAAGCACAGUGGCUGUCCACUGCCCUGAGGGUUGAGCACCACCCUCAACAAGGGGGAUUAGAACUUGUGCCACCGGUUUCUUGUUUUGGUAGGUACACCAGCCUUGGUGAGGUCAGCUUAACUCAGGCCCAGAAAACACUUGGCUGCUGGGCCCCUUCAACUUGGCCUGUCUGGCCACAGCCCCGCAGAUGCCUCUUUCACUCCUAGAUGUGUGGCCUUGAGAGGAGUGUAACUGACCUAUCUGCAGGCAUCUUUCAGUGUCACUCUGAUCUCAGUCUCUAUUCAGAAAACUCUUGGGCCAUCUGAUCAGAUCUUUCCUCAAAGCCGUGGAGGAUAGGGUUAGGGAGAAGAGGUGUCUGGCCCUGUCUUCACCCUGACCACCAGGAUGGACUGCUGGUGAGCUGUACCCGCCCCCCUUACCAAGGCCUAACCAGUGAUUUUCUUUAUGGUCUUCUGCCCUCAACCCAGAAUUCCUCUGGCUUACCCCUUUUCCCCACUGUCCAGUCAAACCAAUACACCCACAGACAGUUCAAGCAUUAAAGGAAGAGACCCUUCUGUCCAUGUUAGGUUCAGAGGCGGCAGUGUCCUGGUGACGGCUUAGGUGUGGAUGUGGCUCAGAGGGAAGAGACCCCGGCUGAAAGUGUCAAGACCUGGCGCUGCCCGCCCCCUCCUGGACUUAACAGACCCAAACCCAAAACGCUAGACAGUCGCUUUAGGAGCGGACUGUCCGCUCGGAGGAGACGUGCUCUGGGGGGGUCGCCGCCUUGGGGGAGCCAGUGUACUAGCCAGGGUUCGGGAGCCUGCCCAGCCCUUCGACUUCGGGCGGGUCCAGUGGAGCCCCGAGUGGAGAGGAGUGGAGAGGCCAGGCCCUUGUGCCUCCCGCGUUUGGCUUUAAAGACGUUGGCCCUUUGCCAUACAGCUCUGUCUGCGCCAGCUUUAUCCCAGCGGCGUGAGGGCCAGGUUCCCGCUGAGGCUCCCCUGAGACUCGGCGCGCAGCGGCCCCGCCCCCGGCCCCGCCGUAAGGCGGAGGCCGCGCUACGACCUGGGCGGCCGUAAAGCGCAGGGCCCCGCCCCCCGGCUCCCGCGCCGCGAGGCCGAGCCCCCGCCGGUGGCCGGGCUCCAAGGCGAUCCCACGAUGGCCGGCCCCAGGCCGCGGGUCGAAUACCUGGCGGGCUUCUGCUGCCCGCUCGGGGGCCUGGCGGCGGGCAAGCCUCGCGUGCUGUGCCACGGGGCGGAGAUCUUCCUGUCCACUGGGAGCGAGCUGGUCUAUGUCUACGACCAGAAGGGGCGGCUGCUGAUCGCCGUGUACAAGUUUCCCGGUCAGGUGUGGCACCUGGAGCUCCUGGCCCUUCGCAAGGUGCUCUAUGUCCUGUGCGCCCGGAGCGGCAUCUAUUGCUUGUCUUUGGACCAGACGACCAGGUCUGUGACCCAAGACGAGGACGGCGGGGACGACCAGGACAGUGAGGAUGGGCAGGUCAGUGAGCCCCCCGUCCCUGUGAUCCCUGUGGACCCAGAUUCCUGUGUGCUCCCGGACACCUCGCUGCAUGCCUUCACCAUCCUUGAUGACGCGCUCGUCACCUUGGCGCUGGGCCCCACCCAGUGGAAGAUGCAGCUGUUUGAGCGUCCCUCUCCAGGGGAGGACCCCAGGCCUGGAGGCCAGAUUGGUGAGGUGGAGUUGUCCACCUGCACCCCCCCAGCUGAGAGCCAGGGGGAGUCCGCAGCCCCCCGCUUCCUUCCAGUGCUGUGCUGUGCAUCACCACCAGGCUCCAGGACCCCACUCGGCCACUCCUGGAGCUCUGGGGGUGUGACGCUGGAGGGGGCCCUCUUUGGGCUCCUCUUUGGCGCCGACGCCGCCCUCCUGGAGUCACCCGUGGUCCUCUGUGGGCUGCCCGAUGGCCAGCUCUGCUGUGUGAUCGUCAAGACCUUGGUCACCUCCACGUCAGCCCCGGGUGACCCGAAGGCCCUUGUCAAGAUCCUCCAUCACCUGGAGGAGCCUGUCGUCUUCAUUGGCGCCUUGAGGACAGAGCCGCUGGCCGAGGAUGUGGAAGACGUACACUGCGACUGCCUGGUGGCCCUCGGGCACCACGGCCGGACGCUGGCCAUCAAGGCCAGCUGGGACGAGGCAGGGCACCUGGUGCCUGAGCUUCGGGAGUACAGCGUCCCAGGGCCCGUGCUCUGUGCGGCCUGCGACAGGAGCAGCCGCGUGUACCACAGCACCUCCGCGGGCCUCCGUGUAGUCGACCUGGCUCAAGAGGGUUCCCCCUUGGAUCCCACGGAGCAUGACGGGGCCCCAGGAAGCCUGCCCGCUCUUCUGUAUCCGGACAGCUUGGGUGUCUGCAGCCUCGCCACCCUCUGUGUGUCAUCCAGCGCGCCUGAAGGAGGUGCCGAGCUCCUGGCCCUGUCUGCCAAAGGCCGGCUGAUGAUCUGCCACCUGGACCCACACAAUGAGGCACCUCAGCCCUCCAGAGUGACCUCAGCAAAGGCUGGCCAGAAAAUUAAGCAGUUGUUGUCUGGAAUUGGCACUGUGUCUGAGAGAGUGUCUUCUCUGAAGAAGGCAGUUGACCAGCGGGACAAGGCCCUGACCUGCCUCAACGAAGUCAUGAACGUGAGCUGCGCCCUGCUCUCGAGCCGGGAGGGUCCACGGCCCAUCUCCUGCACCAUCAGCACCGCCUGGAGCCGCCUGCAGCUGCAGGACGUGCUGGUGGCCACCUGCCUGCUGGAGAACAGCAGCAGCUUCAGCCUGGACCGGGGCUGGGCCCUAUGCGUCCAGGUGCUCCGCAGCUCCCGGGCCUUAGACCUGGACUCGGCCAGCUCAGCCGUCACCUACACCAUCCCCGUGGACCAGCUCGGCCCCGGCGGUCGGCGCGAGGUGACGCUGCCCCUGGGCCCCGGCGAGGACGGUGCCCUCGACCUGCCCGUGACCGUGUCCUGCGCGCUCUUCUACAGCCUCCGGGAGGUCGUGGGCAGGGCCCUCGCGCCCCGCGACCCUUUCAAGGACCCCGCUUCAGCUGAGUGCACCCCCGUCGUCCUGCCCGAGCAGGACGGUGUGUGCCUGCCCCUGAGCGAGCACACAGUGGACAUGCUGCAGGGCCUGCGCUUCCCCAGCCUGGGCGUGCCCCACACGGAGGCCCUGGGCCCUGCCAAGGACCCCAUCCACACCUUCCUGGGAACUUGCCGCGUGCCGGGCAGCCAGUCGGCGGGACCCGAGUCCCUGCGGGCCAAGUACCUGCCCCCGUCAGUGGCCACCAUCAAGGUGUCGGCAGAGCUGCUCAGGGCCGCCUUAGGGGACAGUCACGCAGGUGUGUCCCUGGGCUGUGCCACCCUGCAGUGGCUCCUCACCGAGAAUGCUGCCGCAGACAUCGUGAAGGCCCAGGCGCUGUCCUCUGUCCAGGGAGUGGCCCCCGAUGGCACCGAUGUCCACCUCAUCAUCCGAGAGGUGACCGUCACUGACCUGUGCCCAGCGGGCCCCAUCCAGGCCAUGGAGAUCCAGGUGGAGAGCUCCUCUCUAGCCAACAUGUGCAGGGCACACCACGCCAUUGUCAGGCAUUUGCAGAGGCUGGUGGUGGAGCAGGCCGCCCGGGGCUCCAGCCCGCCUGAUCUCCGCCUGCAGUAUCUCCAUCAGAUGCAGGCCAACCAUGAGACGCUGCUGCGGGAGGUGCAGAUGCUGCGGGACCGGCUAUGCACGGAGGACGAAGCCAGCUCCUGCGCCACUGCCCAGAGGCUGCUGCAGGUGUACCGGCGGCUCCGCAGCCCCAGCCUCCUCCUGCUGUGACUCCAGCUGCCACGGCCUCUGCACUCAACCUCCACGCCUCUGGGCCGCCGCCCACCCAGAACGUCGGGGCUGGAUCAUCGACGUCGCUCCACUCAGAAGUCGGGCCUGGCCGUGGGGUCUAGACUCCAGAGCAGGGUCUCUGCUGCCCUCACAGCGUGCGGGGGCCCCAGAGAUGGGGCUUCGGGGUUGAGACUCGGGCAGGUGCGUUUCAGCGGUUGUCUGGUUCCCACCACGGUGCCCAAAGCCGGGGGCUGCCCCUCUUAGCAGCACCACUCGCCUUCCCAUAGACCUCUUGUCCAGACCUCUCUCCGCACCUGCACAGCUGUCCCGCUCUGGGGGCCUUGGUUCUGCUUCUCUGCAGUUACUGGGGUCACCAGGUGGGAGGGUGCUCCCUGUGACCAAAGCACAAAGACUCGGGGUGGGGGUGGAGGUGGGUGGGGGGUUUUUCCUGCAGGUGCCCUGUGGCCAAAACACUCAACAACUAGGUGCCUCUGGCCGGGGCCACACCCAGCGCCCAGCACUGUGCGUUGUUUCCAAGGGUCCCUUGGGGCAGACAGCAGCCCCGGGGUGGCUCCGGUGCUUUGGGGGAGGGUGGCUCUCCCCCUGGACUUCCCACGGUGCUCUCCUGCUGUGCAUGCAGGGCCUGCGAGACAGCCCACCUCAAAAAAUGACCCUUUCUGUUGCUCU